AUGAUGACGUCACAUUUUCUAUCCCACAAUGCAUCCGUUGCUAACACAGCCAUUGGUGUUGUUUUAGCAACCGCCAGCCGAUCAACAUUCCAGUAUACGAAGCAAUACAGACAUAGCAACAUGGCGAAUGAUUUAGCUUACAAAACGAACGAUAUUUUCAAGACAAGUACUGGUGUUGGACACCAUUUCAGACCCGGAUAUUAUUUCCCCAGUGCAUCUUUCCAGACUCUUAUCAGAGAACCAUUGCCACCUGGCCUCGCCAAGAAGGAUGAAGUCCCAAAUGACGAGAAAUAUCCCACUACAACUGGCAAAGUGCACGACAGAAAAUUUCCCAACCCUACUGGUAUAUAUGGCAAUGAUUACGGAAUACACAAAAAGGCACCUGGGAGCUGGAAAGUGCAUUACGUCAAGGAUUUGUCAGAGAAGCUGGGCAAAGGAGGUUGGAGGAAGCCACUCACUAUGGGCAAUCAAUCUAGUGAAAUGAUGGACAAAUAUAAAGCAGAACCUGGUAUAAAAAUGGAUUUUGAAUUCGACCCGAGACCCCAGGAUUUUAUUCUGAAAAACCACCACAAGAAUGGACCAUCUAAGCAAAUGGUACCAUCGACACAAAAUGACAAACUUAGAGGAAAAACAUUUAUGCCCAAAGAUAAAGGAGUCCUGAACUUACAUGAUGACAUGUACCUUACUACAACCAAUAAAGAUCAUAGGCCCUUUAACCCAAGGGAACUUAAGGGCUACAGCAAGAAAGAUGUGCCUACAUACUGGGAAUGUGAGGAAUACCCUAAGGCAUGGGGACAUGGAUUAAAGCAUAAUCCACUACCAAAAGACUCAGUUCCUAGAGAGCGUCCUCCCAUGAGAGAUACAAUGGUGUUCCCCUCAGCAACCAGGAUACCACGUCUUCCAAACUCAAUGAAGCCAGUUCCUCAUUCCGGCCUGAAGACGCUACAGAAAGAUUCUUACAUGAAACCCUCAGAUGUCAAAGCUCGUGAUAUCUUCUUUUGUCCAGUUGAAACACCAUACAGUCUACCAAACGCAGGUCCCAAGUCUAUUAUGACAUCACCAGGAAUGUACAAAACUGAAUACACCAAUGUGGGCAGUGGUGCACCUAUAACUGUGUAGCACCAUAUAUAUCACCAGUCACCCCUCAUCGCACCAGUCACCCUGCAUAGUAUCAUCUAUCAUCACCAUUGUUACGAGUCAGAGACAGGAGAAAAUAAUCUACGAGUUUAUGCAGUUUAAUUAAACAUUAGUCAUUUGUAUGCAUGACUGUACAUGUUUGUUGACCAAAAAACAAACAGCUGAAACAUUUGAUGAACUUACUCCAGUGAAAUCAAUCAAUCACAAUUGGAUUAUUUGACAGUAUUUACAUUGCUCAAAUUUAGUAUUAUAGUGAAUUUAGUGUCCAACUGAAUUUGAAAUUUUUAGAUUACAAUUCAGAAUAUAAUGUUUUGCUAGUUUGCCAGAUCUGUAUUUUCGAAAUCCUUUUUGUAAAAUAAGGAAACACACAGUGUGGCAAAAAGUUGUCAAAAACUUGAAAUAAUGGUAACCCUUUAAAAUCAAUUUUGUAAAUUACACAUUAACUUUUUAAAUUUAAAUGGUAAUUUAUAUGCUUUAAGGGGAUUAUCUAAACUACCCUGCCAAUGCCAUAGAUGUACAUUUUGUGAAAACAGGAAUCAUUUGUGUUGAUUGUAAAAUUGUAAAACACAUUUUUGUAGAACAAUCAUUUUGUCACACCCAAAGUAUUGGAUUACAAUCAGAACAAAAACCUAGUCAAAUUGUUCAACAAUAUGUGCAAUAGUAGCCAAUGUUUAGUUCAUAAAAAAACUGCACAAUUGUUUAAAUGGAUAAUAACAGCAUGAAACAUGUAAAUAAAUUGUAAAUAGUAAUGUAUAUAACAAUUUUAUACAAUGAGAAGUAUUAUAAAUAAAAG